AACCAUUCCUGUGUAUGAGGAGGUACAGGAACUUGAAUUACCGAACUUAGCUAAUUUGAAAUUAUUUUCAAUUUUGCCAGCAAAAAACCCUUAAAGUUCAUUUUUAUUUCAUUUUUACUUUUCUCCAAAAAGAGGAAUAAUUGUUUUGGAGUUUUGAAUAAACUUAAUAUAUUUUUAAAAUAAAAAAAAAAUAAUUGUGGAGAUUAUUUGACAGUUGACAUUUCAAAUUCGCGAUUUUUCCGAUUUUUAGAACUUCGUGGUCCGUGUUCCUGACAUCUGAUCAUGCUCGUGUUCAUUCCAUUUUCCAUGCAUUUUCCAUUCCAUCAUCAGUCAAUUUUGGACUGAGUUUACCGUGGUGUGUCAUGGCUUCUUACAAAGGCUAGUGUUUUAAAUGUCUUAAAAUUGGCUCGGAUAGAAGUGUAUUUACUAUUAAUUGCAACAAAUAUCCAGUAUUUAGACAUUAAAAUUAAAUUUUUUGUAAUAUUCAAGUACUUGUACAUCAAUUACAAUUAUUUAUUUAGAGUCCUUCCUGUGUGGUCUAGCGCUUCUACUUUGAACAAACGCAAUUACUUUAAAAUAAGUUUAACCGUGUCGAAUAAUGUAAAGACGUUGAGAUAUUAAAUAGACAAGAAUUUAUACUAUGGCUACAGUUAUACAAAAGAAUGGUAUCAAACCACUGUCAAACGGCAAUGGCCUAGUACACCAGGUACAAAAUAUAAAUGGUUUUGAGCAAGUACAAGUUGUUAAUGAUGAAGUAAAGCCUCAAAUCGAUGAGGGAAGUGAGGAACAGUGCGAAACUAAAAACGAACAAUGUGAAACAGAACAGACUAUUGAAGAACCUGAAAUAGACAUAGUAAUAAACAAUGUAGUUUGUAGUUUUAGUGUUCGGUGUCAUUUGAACCUCCGUGAAAUAGCCCUGUCGGGAGCGAAUGUCGAAUAUCGUAAAGAAAAUGGUAUGGUUACAAUGAAACUACGUAGACCUUAUACAACUGCAAGUAUUUGGUCUUCGGGCAAGAUUACUUGUACUGGGGCGACUAGUGAAAUUGCCGCUAAACAAGCUGCUAGAAGAUUCGCCCGUUGUUUACAAAAACUUGGUUUCAACACACGGUUUAAUAACUAUAGAGUUGUCAAUGUACUUGGGACAUGUUCCAUGCCAUUUUCAAUAAAAAUCAGUUCGUUUUCAGAAAGGCAUAGAGAAGCUGACUAUGAACCCGAACUUCAUCCUGGAGUUACUUAUAAACUAAAAUCACCAAAAGCCACAUUGAAGAUAUUUUCUACGGGCAGUGUAACUGUAACUGCUCCAAGUGUGGCCGACGUGCAGGCCGCCAUCGAAUACAUAUUCCCCCUAGUUUACGAAUUUCGCAAAGAACGCACCAAAGAAGAAAAAGAGGCGCUGGCCAAGAAAAAGCUGAAGCAGCUGGGAGAAAUACCUUGGACUGAAGAAAUCGAAGUAGAAGAAACCGAAAACAUGACGACAACGUGUGCAUCGAACAAUGUAGCAGAGGAAUCAUCGGAGACAUGGGACUAAAAAAAAAGGUGUGCGUUAUCUAAAACGCGAUUUUUUUCACUGAUUUUUUUUUCUAUGUUUCUAUAACCUCACCAGUUCUUGAUAAGAUGCUUGAAACCUAGUCAGGUAUUUUUUUGUUGUUGUACAAAGACUGAAUCAUGUUUUUCUUUGUGAUUUUUUUGUUGGUUGGCCAGUCUGCGCGGAAAUUUGUCGAUUCGUUAAGAAAAGCGAGUUUCCAAAUAUAAUAUACGCAUAUAGGAUGUUGCAGAAAAAAUUACUGAUAAAUUAGAGUUUGACGUUAAAGCAGAGCAUAGUGUCGCAUUUGUUCGGAUAAAUAUUUAGAUUGUUAGAUUGAAUUGUUCUUCUAAUUCAUCGAUUGGUAUCUUGGUUGGAAAAUGUUUUUUAUUCAUAUUUUUUACUUAUAAAAUCCCCUAGAUUCAUUUAUGUACAAUAAUAAUCUCCUUACAAUGGAGCAUCUGUUCUCUAAAAAAUAUCAAAAGUAUAUACCAUAAAAAAACACAGCGGAUGUUUUUUUCUUAAAAAUAGUAACUAGACGGAUAAAUUUUAAAAA